AUGGCGGCACGGAAACUCCAGCAAGAGAUUGACAAAUGCUUCAAGAAGGUCGCCGAGGGCGUCGCAACCUUUGAGAGCAUAUACGAGAAAAUUAUGCAGACGGGCAAUCCGUCGCAAAAGGAGAAGCUGGAGGACCAGCUGAAGAAGGAGAUCAAGAAGUUGCAGCGAUCGCGCGACCAGAUCAAGACAUGGGCCGCCAUGUCGGAGAUCAAAGACAAGAAGCCGCUGCUCGACCACCGCAAGCUGAUUGAGACUCAAAUGGAGCGCUUCAAGGCUGUCGAAAAGGAGAUGAAGACCAAGGCCUACUCCAAGGAAGGCCUGCAAUUAGCGUCCAAGAUCGACCCCAAGGAUAAGGAGAAGAUGGAGAUGGUCGAGUUCCUGCAACACAUGAACGAGGAGCUGGAGCGGCAAAUAGAAACCAUCGAGGCGGAGAUCGAGACGCUGCAGGCAAACGUCAAGAAAUCAAAGAAGGGCGACAACUCAAAGGCGGAGCGGGUGACGGAACUAGAAGAGUCGGUCGAGCGAAAUAAAUGGCACCAAGGGAAGCUGGAUCUGCUGCAAAGGGCGCUGGAGAAUGGAAAUGUCGAAACGGACCAGGUCAAGGAGAUCGAAGAGAGCAUCAAAUACUACGUGGAGAGCAACCAAGACGCCGAGUUCAUGGACGACGACACAAUAUACGACGACUUCAACCUGCAAGAGGAGGAGGCCAUCUUUGGCUUGGGCGAGAGUCUCGAUCACGUCUCGUCACACGAAUCGCAGUCGAUAGCGGACGACACCCCGGAGACGGAAGCGCGGCCACCACCGCCGAAACCAAAGGCAACAGAGGCAGUGCAGCAGGGAGCACGACGGCCAUCGACACAGAUGAAAUCGCCAUUACCUGCACUAGCGACAUUACACACGCCCCUGCCGGGAGCAUCGAGUACCACAGCAAACGCCAUGAAGCCCGCGCCAUUACCCACACGUACGCCCGGCGAGCCACUGAAGUACGCCUCGGCCGCCGCUGCUGCUGCUGCAAGCGAUAAGAAUGGAGUGGGCAUUGCUCCGUUGCCCCCACCGCCGGGAGCGGCCGCAGCACAAUCUGGUCUGGCUCCAGGCGCCCCACGGACAAGUGCAACUACCUCGCCUGCAACAACGCAUUCCCAGCCAGCCUCGCGUAUACAGCCGGCAGAAUCAGCACAGGCCUCACCAGCACCUGCGGCAAGUAUACCCGCGACGCCUGCGCACGACAAGGAAUCGCUUUCGCGAGCCGUCUCGUCUGAAGAUGCCUCAAAGUCCAGCAGAAGGACUCCGGCCCCUGAGCCAGUAGAGGAGGAAGGAUUGCAAGUUGCUACGCCGCCCUUAACGAAUGGCGAGUCACAUGCCGAAGACGAAGAAGAGGAGUCAGUCUACCACCUCCCUUCCAGCUUACAGGAUUUGCUGGAUUCAUUCGAGGCCACCAAGAACGACAUGUCUGCAUCUGCAUCGAAGCCUCCAAACGAGCACAUGCUCGCAGCGUCCAUGACUACUGCUCCAGACUCUGCAGAUACCGAGGCGCCCCGCCACUACCGCCCCCAGAAUCCGUACCCGUUUACGCCUGCCCACUACCCGCAAGAACCGUUGCCAAUCUUCGAUGAUCCCCGCUUGUACUCUCGCAUCGAUACUGAUGCUCUCUUUUAUGCAUUUUACUACCGUCAGGGAACGUAUCAGCAAUAUCUGGCAGCAAAAGCAUUGAAGUCGCAAAGCUGGAGAUUCCAUAAGCAGUACCAAACAUGGUUCCAGCGCCAUGAAGAGCCAAAGGCGAUAACCGAGGACUAUGAGCAAGGGACAUACAGGUUCUUUGACUAUGAAAGCACGUGGAUGAACCGUAGGAAAGCAGACUUUCGCUUUGCGUACAAAUUCCUGGAAGACGAGCUAUGA